AUGACUAGACCAGAGACGAUAGUACCCGACACUCCACAACCACCAUACCCAAUAUGUCACAAAUCCUCCAUCGUUUCAGGCUUUGGUCGAGGUUCAAGUGAGUUGGGCAUCCCCACCGCCAACAUCCCCGUCAAUGACCAACUCAAUAAUUUACCUACUGGUAUCUACUACGGUUGGUGCAAGAUCCACCCACAUCCACAACAAAGCGACUCCACAGAACAAAGACCUGACGGACAAGAUGUCGUAUUCAAUCAUGGCAACAAACUAUGCAAGACUGAUUUAUCGACGGUAUGGCCAAUGGUGAUGUCCAUUGGAUGGAAUCCGUUUUAUCACAACAAGACCAAAGCUGCUGAAAUACAUAUUAUACACAAGUUUACUUCUGAUUUCUAUGGUGCUGAUUUGGAAUACGUGGUGUUGGGUUAUAUUAGACCAGAAUUGAAUUAUACAACAAAGGAAGCUUUGAUUAAAGAUAUUGAGUUGGAUAUUAGUAUUGCUAAGGAUAUCUUAAAAAGGGAAGAAUACGCCAAGUAUGAACACGAGCUAAAGUAG